CGCUGCGACUGGGGGUCGCAUUGCAGCAGAAUCAUGGAAGACGCGUCAGGAAAGAUUUUUACUGAAGGAGAAGACUGCAAGCCUAAAUGGAAGGACGCUAAUGCUGAAUACGAUGCUACAGAUGAACAUCUUAAAAUCAUGGGGAAACCGGUUAUGGAGCGUUGGGAGACACCUUAUAUGCACAAACUUGCCAGUAUUGCAGCAUCGACAGGUGGAAAAGUUUUAGAAAUUGGAUUUGGUAUGGCCAUCUCGGCUUCAAAAAUACAAUCUUUUCCGAUAAAAGAACAUGUCAUUAUUGAAUGUAAUGAUGGCGUCUUUAAAAAACUUCAGAAGUUUUCAGAAACAGCUGCUCAUAAAGUGACUUCUUUGAAAGGUCUAUGGCAAGAUGUAGUACCCAACCUUGAAAGUAAUUCAUUUGAUGGUAUUAUGUACGACACCUACCCCCUGUCAGAGGAGACCUGGCACACUCAUCAAUUUGAAUUUAUUAAGGGUCAUGCCUUUCGACUCUUGAAACCAGGGGGRGUGUUAACCUAUUGUAACCUGACRUCAUGGGGGGAGCUCAUGAAGACAAAGUAUCAGGACAUUGAAAUAAUGUUCCAAGAGACACAAGUUUGUCAUCUACUGGAGGCAGGAUUUAAGAGAGAAAUGAUUUCAACUGAAGUYAUGGAUAUAAAACCAGAGGAAAAAUGUCAGUAUUACUCACAUCACAAGAUGAUUGCACCAACCAUCAUAAAACAUUGACAGACAUCUUACUGAUUCAGGUUCUAACUGACGUUUUUUAAAGAGACAAUGUUUCAAUCUUUAUUGUCGUAUAUUUUUACCUCAACAAAUACAAGUUUUUACUUGAACUAAUUUGACAUUUCUUUAUAGUUAGUUUUUCAUGAAAYCUGUUGUAUGUUUGGUAUAUGAUGAUUAUAUUAUAAACAUGUGUGAAAAAUGACUAUAUUUUAUUCGUACAUUGUGCUUUUGCCAAAAUAAAUUUGUGAGGGAAACACAACA